ACUACCGGUCCACCAGGAGCACUCGACCGGGGACUGAGAAUUGGGUGAAGAGCGAAGGUCAGAUAAACGUCGGGAGAAGAAAUUGAUAGAAGCAAUUAGAUCUCUAAAGAAAUCGUUUUUUUUAUUUUAUUUUAUUUUAUUUGAUUCUUUUUUGCGAUAAUCUUGUACUGGCAUCGUCCGAUAAAACACACCUAAGCGUCGGAACCGGAGAGUGAAAUGCCAUGGAUGUUUCGGAUGCUGACAUGAUGGAGGCGGAGCACACGGCGGCGCAACAUUCUCCUCCACCGCAAGGGCUGCCGUCCAAUUCAGACCACGAGGAGGCUGUCAGAAAUUUGCUCGCAAUGGCUCGCCAACUUAUCGAUCAAAACAAGCCUUCACAAGCCCUCCAAGCGGUGGUGAUGGCAAUGAGAACUAGAGGCGGGGAGGAGGCUGUAUGUCAAGUGCUUAGUCGUGCCCGUGAACUGUACAGUAACAAAGUGCAGGCAAGUGCAGCCGCAGAUGAACUGGCUUCACUGUUUGCUGAGUGUGCAAUUGCCGAGGCCAUACCCCCUAGACCUGGCUCAUCUGAAAGUAACAAGAUGGACCGCCCUACUGAACUUGAGUUACAUGGAAAUUCAAUAUUAAUGGAGACGGGUCGAAAACAAGUUAUGCUGGAUGCACUGUCUGAUGGAAGUAGUUUCAUCUGCCUACAGUGUGGGGGUCUGGUUAACUCCCACAGGAGAGAAGAACAUUACUCAUUGUGGUGUUUAUAAAAUCUGAAUUAAGGUUGUGUCCCUAUGUUAGUGUGAGUAAUGGCAUGUAGUUCUUAGUGAUUGACUUUCAAUACUAGUUUUUUUCUUUCUAAAAGCUAUCUUAGAAGAAUUGUCUGAUCCAUAAUUGACUUUAUACCUUUGUGCACCUAUCUAGACUUUUUAGUUUUUA